AUGCCUCGCGACCCUCUGAUCGGCCUCGUCGGCAAGCCGUCGUCGGGCAAGUCCACGACGCUGAACAGUUUGACAGACGCCACCUCCAAAGUCGGAAAUUUCCCAUUCACGACCAUCGACCCGCAGCGCGCGAUUGGCUACCUGCAGAUCGAGUGCGCGUGCGCGCGCCUCGGCGUGUCGGACAAAUGCAAGCCCAACUACGGCGCGUGCGUCGAGGGCCGCCGCAGCGUGCCCAUCGAGCUGCUCGACGUGGCCGGGCUGGUGCCCGGCGCGCACAUGGGUAAAGGGCUGGGGAACAGGUUCUUGGACGACCUGAGACACGCGGACGCGCUGGUGCACGUGGUGGACGUGAGCGGGACGACGGACGCGGAGGGCAAGGCGACGAGAGGAUACGACCCUUCGAAGGACAUUGAGUGGCUGCGGUUCGAAAUCGUGCGGUGGAUUCAGGGUAACCUUAUGGAGAAAUGGGGCUCGAUAAAACGGCGGCACGUUGCCGUAAAGGCGACACCGGUCGAGACGUUGCAGAACCAAUUCUCUGGCUAUGGUAGUACCUCCACCGUCGUCCAAAGGUGUCUGGACAAGCUACAGAUCAAGGAACCUCUACAGGACUGGUCGAACGAGACGAUCGAGCGGGUUGUCAAUGCCUUCACCGACGAGAAAUUCCCAACGGUGAUAGCGUUGAACAAAAUCGAUCACCCUGAUGCAGAUAAGAACAUUGCCAAGAUAGCAAAACAGCAAGAUCCGAAGACGAUUGUCCUGUGCUCCGCCAUUAGCGAAGUUUUCCUCCGCCGUCUAGCGAAGCAGGGUUAUAUCAGAUAUACCGAAGGCAGCGAGUUCGUCGACACGAGAGAAGACCUUAUCGCAGAUGGCGACCCCGACGGCGGCGACCUGAAAGAAAUGGACGAGAAGCUGACGCAGCGAAUCGAGAACUUGAAGGACAUGGUGCUCUACCGCUUCGGCAGCACAGGCGUUGUUCAGGUCUUGUCCCGUGCGGCAGAGUUGCUUGGCCUGGUGCCCGUGUUCCCCGUUCGCAACAUCCAUAGCUUCGCGUCUGGUUCCCAGGAUAAGGCGGUGUUCAGAGACUGUGUCUUGGUCAAGAAGGGUGCCACGGUCGGCGACGUGUAUCGCAAGGUUAUGGGCGACGCUCCUCUGGCAUACGCCGAGACGACAGGUGGCAUAAAGGUUGCGGAAGACGAUCCGGUCGCUGUUGGGAAAAACGACGUGUUGUCAUUCAAGGUGGGCAGAUGA